AAGAAAGAAAUGGAUGGGAGAACUUCUGAAAGUGCAAUUGUGUUAACAGAUGAUGAAAGUGAACAUGAUGAAAGUGAAGAUGAUGAAAGUGAUGCCCAAAAAAGCCCAAGUGACAGUAACAAAGAAAAUGAUAGAACAAAGGAAGCGGAGUAUAAAAGAAGGUAUGAGAUGGCAGUAGGGUCAGAUAGUGAGUCAAGUGACAAUGACUUUAAUGUUUAUGUUCGAGUUGAUGACAAAAAGAACAUCCCAACUCAAAUCAAAAAUCAUGAAAGAAAUCGGAAAAAAAAUUCUGAAGAGAAAACAGAAAACCGAAGCAACGACGCCACAAAUAUUGAUAAUAUUAAUAUUAAGAUUGAAUGUAGUGAUGCCAAUGAGGCUACUGACAAUGACAAUGAUGACAGUGAUGAUGAUGCUUCAGAUGAGGACUCUGAUUGUGCAAUCAUUGGAGUAAAGAACACACGGAUUAAAGCAUGCAUAACACUAGAUGAUGAGACUGAUGAAGAGAAAGGGGCCAAUGGUGAUAAUAUCAAGGACAACAUUGUUGAAAAUGGAGACAAUAACGAUGAUCAUAGCAACAACAAUUAUGAAAGUGGAAACAAUGAUGAGGAUGGUAGUGACAGCAAUGAAAGUGAUGAUAACAAUGAGGAAAGUGAAGAAAACAAUGAUGACCGAAACAGUGACAAUGAUGAUAGUGUUAACAGUAAUGCAAGUGAUGAAAUCAACAAUUAUGAAAAUGGAGACAAUGAUGAUGAUAAUGAUGAAAGUGAGGAUAACAAGAACGAAGAUGAAGAAAACAAUGACGACCAAAAUAGUAAUAGUGAGAGUUGUAUCACCAAUGAGGAAACUGAAAACAACAAUGAUGAAAAUAGCCUUGAUGAUGAUAACAAAAACAGCAGCGAUGAGAGCGAAGACAACAAUGAUGACAAAAACAGUGACAAUGAUGAAAGUGUAAACAGUAAUGCAAGUUUUGAAAAUGAAAACACUGACAACAAUGAGCAUGACAAUAAUGACAGAAAUGAUAAUAACACAAAUGAUGGAGAGAACUUUACUAGUGAUGUCAGUGAAACAGAUGACAUUGAUAAGGAAAUGGAAGAUGAAGAUGAACUCCUCGGUGAAACUGACAAUGACGAUGAAGAUAUUGGAAAUACAGAUGAUGAUAAGAUUUUAGAUGAUGACAGUAUGGAUGGAGGUGAUGAUGUCAGUGAUAACAAUAUUGAUAACAAUGCUGAUGUCAGUGAUAACAAUGCUGAUGUCAGUGAUAACAAUGCUGAUGUCAGUGAUAACAAUGCUGAUGUCAGUGAUAACAAUGCUGAUGUAAGUGAUAACAAUGCUGAUGUCAGUGAUGACAUGGAUUAUAUGAACAUGAACCCAGAAGAUUGGGUUGUAGUAGAUGAAGUAUAAGCACAAAUUACCGAGUGGCUUAUUUUCAGUUUUUAACUUCAAUGAGAUUCUAAAUUGCAAUACAUGUAUUUUUAUAUAUUAUUUUCUCAAAGAGGCUUUAUAUGUAGUCAUACUAGUAAUACAUGUAAUACUGUCAUAAUACAUGUAAUACUGUAAUAGUAUGUAGUUUUCUAGCAUGUGACGUGAAA